AACCUUCACGUCACCUUGUUGCACUGUUGUGUAGCAACCGACUUGAACAAUGGUUGCUCUGAGAGACAUAACUCUGUGCGCGCCCAAAGAAAUGUAGUUUAUUAGGGGGUUUUUUUAUUAGUUAAAAUUUUAAACUUCAAUGUAGAUAUUUUUUAAUUGUGAUUGUAAGACUAUGAAUCACCAAAUAUUGGUAUGCAGGCUUGGGACUCUGCUGUAGUCAAGCCUGAUUUGUUUUGGUGUGGUCCGGGCAUCCAUGGUAUUGUGAAUAAUUGAGUGUGGGCUUCGCCAGCCCUGAUCAAAUUGUGGCAUCGAGCUUAAGAAAUGGUUCACGCUUGUUACUGUUACGGUUGUGAUUUUUACCUGGCUUUUCGUCACUGGUCAGACAAAUCCGAUUUACAGGAAGGCUGUUGGUUAUACCAUGUACCAGGCGAUGGAGGAUGACGUUAGUCACAUAAAGAAACAAAGAGAUACUCUUUCACGUCUGCUGAACGAAAUGAAACAAAUCUACGGCCAACAAAAUUGUCAAAUGAUGAAACUAAAAAAUAAAGACUCGAAAGUGUCGGCUAAUGGAGGAUGGUGCGAAGAAACCAGCAGUCCUAACAGCCAAUCACACGUUACAGAUGAGACGUUCGCUGCCGCUCUUAGCAGGUUUCUGAGCAACAAAACAGUUGGAAGUUUUGGAGACGGGCCAGGAACAUACAAGAAACUCUUGGAUAAGUUUGGUCACUUGAAAAGUUAUUCUUCAUUCGACGGGGCGCCUUUCUGUGAGACCGUUACCGGCGGAGUGGUGAGUUUUUUAGACUUGACAGCCCCACAGUAUGGCCUUCCGAUCUUCGACUGGAUUGUCAGUAUUGAAGUAGCAGAGCACAUCUCGGCCAAAUUUGAAGAGAUUUACCUGGACAAUCUGGUCAGACAUGCACGUGAAGGAAUUAUUCUCAGCUGGGCUGUGCCAGGUCAAGGGGGAUUAUCUCACAUCAAUAACAAAGCCUUAACAGAUGUCAUCAAAGAAAUGUCUAAAAGAGGUUUCCAUAUCGACGUCCAAGCUGGCGAGCCACUCAGAAAAGCUUCAUCUCAUAGCUGGCUUCAAAACAAUGUUCAUGUUUAUUAUAGAACUUUCAAAGAGACUUUGAGAGAGCUGGAUGCUUGAGGAAACACCAGUUUGUGUGUGUGUUGUUGUUUUUUCUUAAUAGAACUUGUUGGUUAAUAAUGAGUAUUUAGGUGUUAAUUAGAGAUUUCUUUAGGGACCAAAGGUUAUGUGUAAAUGACAUGUGGCUCUAAUUUUCGAUAUAGAUUUAUAUUUUAAAACAUCAUUCUGUUUUGUUUCGAUUUUAAUCUUGCUUUUUUUUGGUAUUUUGUAAUUGAAUUAAAAUUAUUGUCAAAGCUU